AUGAAACUGAGGAAAGAAAGAUGGCUACAGAAAAUCGAAAGUGUGAAGCUGGCCAAGCAGAAGCAGAAAGCUGAAGCGAAGCGGAAAGCAACACCUGUGGUGGGAGACAUGCAGCCACUAAUGGAAGCCCUUCCUGAGCUCUUUGACUUGACCACAGGUGCCAGGGACAAGAAGCCACCUAAGAGUCACCUGACAGCCAAGGCGGAACCAACAGACUUCUGUCUCAUGAAACAGGCUCAGAAACGCAGGCUUUUAGAGGAGGAGAUGGCUCGAUUUCACGAGGUCAUUACGAAUCCCACGUACAAGGCCAACCCACUCCUGGCCAUUAGUGAGCAUCUCUCCAAGAGGCUAAGGCAGGAGGAGGAAGGUAAACCCUUCUAGGGCAUCAGCCGGGAGCGACCGCGCACGCCGGAGCCAGCGCGGGGGCUCCAGGCCCCGGGGAGCACAGCACUAACACGGCCUCUCAGCCACUUCAGUGCUUGGAAGCCAUCCAGCAGAUUAUUAAGCCCAACAGUCCUGUUUUCUGUCUGCAGGAAUAAUGCAGUUCUAAUGGAGGCAGCUGCCCCUUGGCAAGCAGCCUGCAGAGAGCAGUGGGUUCUGAGAGAUCUUUGCGCAGACAUUAAGCUUCCUGUGAAGUGUCUUGACACCUUCUCCCUCCUUGUGAGCAGGCACGAUUUCCUAGAUUCUGCCACUGGCAAUGUGUCUGCUCUUUUGUUCUCUUGCCCCCUACCUUGACUCUCUGCUGAUAACUCUUGACAAGAGGUGCCCUGGUGCUCUGUUAAGAUUGUUCAGGACCCCAAGCCCUGGAGCCUAGAGGAGCGUUGUAGAUCUGUGUAAGGGUUGAUGCUGCUGUUCCUUGUUUUAUAUGAAAAUACAGCUUUGGAAUAAAUGCACUUUCACA